GCGAUGGCCAUGUGGGCCGGACUGGGUCAGGCGGCGACGGUGGCGCAGAUGGUCGGGGUGGACGCUGGCGGGCUCAUCUCCAUGAUCAUACAGGCGGCCGAGACUGCUCACAGGAACAAGAAGAAGUGCGAGCGGCUCGCGCGCCGCGUCUCCAUGAUCGCCGACCUGCUGCCGCACCUGCGCGGGAUCCAGGACCCGGAGCUGGCGCUGCCGCUGUCCGGGCUGGACGACGCGCUCCGGGAGGCGCACGGGCUGGUGCAAUCCUGCCAGGGGAGGAGCGCCGCGUACCGGUUCGUCAUGGCCGGCAGGCAGGCCCAGAGGUUCCGGGACGUCCAGGGCAGGAUCGACGCCUACCUCAUCGUCUUCCCCGUCGUCAGCCACAUCGCCAUAACCCGCCGCCUCGACCGAAUGUGCCACCUCCAGCGCCAGCUCUCAGAUCACUCAAGCGCAAGCGUUUUGCCAUCGUCAGGGCCAACCUCCACUGCAAUGCUACUCUCAUCUGAGGCCACUCCCGCUCCGGGGGUGGAAGACGUCGUAGCCAACCCCGAGAGGGCGCUCAGCCUCGUUUGCAGCUAG